CGCCGACAUCUUCCUCCUCACCAGCGAGCGUGUCAAGUUCCCACGGGAAAAAAACACCUUUCUUCUCUUUUAUGUCCCAUAACUUCUCCGCCUGUUUUUGAAAGCGACGCGGGACCACGCGUGGAAACUAUACCUUCUACUCGGACAAGUCUGUUAACAUGUGACAAAUCAUGGCCACUCUGGUAGGAAACUCCUUUUUAUAUAUACAAUGUGGACGUAAAGAACGUUUUAAAUCCAUUUAAAAAGAAAGGGGAACUUAUGCAAGAUAUGAUUCCAGCAUUGCUUGGCCCCUACCCUUACUUGCUGGAUCUAUGAAAUUUUACAGAUUCCCGUUUGAAGAUUCUGCAUCACCUUCAUUCCUGGAUGGGCUCUUUAAACGACAACGUUAAGAAGGAAUACCUCAAGUCAAACCUAAAGGAUUGUGGAAAUGCAGUUUUCAAGAUAAUGAUUAUGUUGAUCAGCAAUGAAUUGUAAAAUCAGUUGAAAGUACGAGCGCUUAGACCUCGGUGGACUUCUGAGAUAAUAUGCUAAUGAAUAUGCAGGAGGUAUCUGAUAUGCCUAGGAAAUCUCCUACAUGUGAUCGUUUCCCAUCCUUGAAAGCCUUAUGGGGCUUGCUCUUUGGAAUAGUUUUUGCAAGUGCAUCUGCUUGUCCCACCGGCUGUCACUGUACAGAAAAGAGUGGCAUGACUGUGGUCCAGUGUAUGUCUCAGAACUUGGAGAAGAUCCCAUCAGACCUACCAAGUGAUACUGUAGCUCUAAUUUUGACAUCCAAUCGCAUUACCAAAAUACCCAACCAUGCCUUCAAAGAACUAAACUACCUUCAGGAGCUGGAUCUGUCUAAUAAUGACAUCGAGACUGUGGAUGUUGCAGCAUUCCAGGGUGUCACAGACAGCCUCCUUGUUCUGGAUCUUGCCAACAAUCGUAUCCACAGUGUCCCGAAAGAGGCGUUUGACCGUCUCAAAGCCAAAAUCAAUCUCUCAAAUAACCCGUGGCACUGUGAGUGCGUACUACAGGAGGUUCUGCGGGAACUGAGGCUGGACCCAGAGUCGGUGAACGACGUGGUCUGCCACACAGCCGUGCAGGAGGAAUACGCUGGCAGAUCCGUCAUCCAAGUUCUGGACUCAGGAAUUAAUUUCUGUAACUUUCAUCACAAGACGACAGAUGUUGCAAUGUUCGUCACCAUGUUUGGAUGGUUCACCAUGGUGAUUGGAUAUGUCAUCUACUAUGUGAGACACAACCAAGAGGACGCCAGGAGGCACCUAGAGUAUCUCAAAUCAUUGCCCAGUAGCUCUCAGAUGACCAAGGAUUUUGACACCAUCAGCACUGUUCUCUAGCAGGGCACCCAUUACUCAAUUGUGUCUUUGUCUUGAAAUAUGUGAGUAUUUUUUUAUUUACUUUUGUAAAAAAAAAAAAAAGGUGAGGUACUUACUUUAUCCAAUAUUGUUGUUUAUUAAGUCAAUUGCUAAUUGUAAUGGUUUUGUUCAAUCUUACAUAAUUCUUCUUGUUGGCAAAGCUCAAAUUUCUGACAUAGAAAAGUGUUCUUUUGGCAAAUGUGUGGACAUUUUGAAGUAACAUUAUAGCUAUUGGAGAUAAUACAUUUUGCUCCCAUUGGGCUGAAAUUACUAAAGCACACAAACUACAAGGCUGUGUGACUGUCACAAAGUGUAGCACUCCUUAGGCGUCUUCCAUCUGUACACUCUCGAGUCUUUUUGACCAUUUAAGGUAGAAAAGAAAUAAGAGUCUGCAUAACACACUAUUAUGUCUAUGUCUGUCAUAUCUGACAGUUAUUACAAAAUAAAUUGUCAAUUUAUUUUCCACCACACCCCUAAUCCAUCAAAUACUCUAAGAAGGAGACCUUGUAAUGGUAACUGACAGUGACUCCAACAGGAAUAAAAUUAAUACACACCAGUGACUUUAAUACAUCUCACAACAGCAGGUCGACCCCCCCGGAGCAAUAAUUUAAUGAUUCUGUAUUGCAUGCUAUGGCAGAACACAUAUCACAUAAUAAAAUAAUGCCAGCAUAGUGUUAUAUAGCCUAUUGCAGUGGUUCCCAAACUUUUUUUCGCUAAGUAACACCUCAGAAAACACUUGGCUUUCCAAGUACCACCAUAAUGACCAACAAUAAAGUACCGUAGCGUCGUAGGCUUAAGCGUUCAUUUAA